GGAAUUCUGGGAAAUCCAGAUGAUGGUGGAUUGCGAAAAUGCGUUGAAACAGUGUGCGAACUUUCCUUGCUAGUGAUGGCAAAUGAAUUGAAUAACGGUUUUACUGACAUAUUAUCAGCUGCAUUGGAUGAAUCGGGGAUCACAGGAGAUUUUGAUGAUGAAUUUGAUGAAACGAGUGCAUAUGCACACCAGCCAGUAUAUCCAACACAGUCUCAACCACUUAUAUCCAAUCAUAUGUAUAAUGGAGGAAUGCAACAACAGAUUCCAAUUCCACAACAAAUGGGCAUCAACUCUGCAGCAUUUAGGCAGACAAUUCCACAACCAUGCAACCCAGGAACACCUUUUCCGAGUAACCAGUUUUUAACUCAAGUCUCCAAAGUGCAGAAUAAUUCGUCUUCCUUGCUGCAUCGCUCAACAUCGAGCCCAGCCAUUAUCCGCAUUCCAGCAUCAUCCCUUCAUAAGCAGGGAGAAUCUGCCCUUCAAGGCCAGAUCAAACUACAAACAUCUCAAAUCCAAACCAGUUCCACCGGAGGACCCAGAAUCAUUAAAAUCACAAGACUUGGAGGACAAGGAUCCAGCACAAUCAAAGUACCUGUGUCAGGAAAUGCUAUCCCUCUUAGUGGGAUUGUCAACAAGACAUCUGGAGGAACAACAGCAGUGAAGAUAGGAAAUUAUGUGUCCAAAAACUCUGCAGUGCCAACAAUCAAUUUAAAUGAUCUCUCUGGAAGGACUAACGGCUCUGGUGUUCCUCAGAGUGAUGUAUCAAAAUCAGGACCAGAUUCUAUUAACUGGGGUAGUUUGGUAAAGAAAGACCCCAAUACAGGAGCCUGUACAAUUAACUUGGCAAAUCUCGCAGCAGCAAGUGGCAAGAAGAUCAUUAUUACUACAACGACUGGCAAUCAUGUAACAGGGAGUGUUGUGAGCCAGGCAGCUGGCAGUGAUUCAAAAAUUCUCUCAUCAGGUGUGGGGACAAACACACCAUUUCCUCCAAAUUUAGGGUGUGUGAGAAUGACUCCCUCUGUGUUACCAAGAAGUGAUAUUCUGGCUGCUCAAACAAUGAGACCAAGAGGUGUUGAACUGCCUGCCCCGCACUCUGUUAAUAUAGGCAAUGUUCAGCACCUGAACUCUUUCACCCCCAGGUCUAUCAAUACUAUUCAGUCUCCUAAUAUGUCCCUCCUUCAAAGAAAUCCACCAUUACACCACAGUGUGUCUACUCCAACUCUCUCAGAUUUAGAACAGCAUCACUCAGUUAAUGGACCUAAUGGAAUUGUUCCUCCUAAUUUCAAAGCAAAUGUGAGUCACAAAGAUCUUUCAAGAUUGUGGUCCAAAGAAGAUGUUAAACUCAAGAAAGUGGGUCCCUCAGUACAACAGCAAACUGCACGGCAGAUGUUGGGAGGGGGUGUGGCAUCAAUAGAAGAAGAUGAAGUUGAGGAUGAAGUUCAAGAACUGGGACAUGCAGAAACUUACAAUGACUAUAUGCCUGUAAAAUUGUCCAUAGGGAUAAAGCACCCUGAUCCAGUUGUGGAAACCAGUUCUCUUGCCAGUGUUGAACCUUCCAAUAUUUGGUACAAUUUAUCCCUUCCUGAGAAUAUUGUUGAUAAUGGGGAGCUGUCUGCCCUACAGCUAGAAGCUAUUACAUAUGCCUGUCAGAGACAUGAAAUUAUCUUGCCAAGUAAGGAAAGAGCAGGAUUCCUCAUAGGAGAUGGUGCUGGAGUGGGGAAAGGAAGAACUCUGGCGGGAAUCAUUUAUGAAAACUACUUGCUGGGACGAAAACGUGCAUUAUGGUUGAGUGUAUCAAAUGAUUUAAAAGUUGAUUCAGAAAGAGAUCUCAGAGAUAUUGGAGCAGGAAGAAUUGAUGUCCAUGCCUUAAAUAAGUUUAAGUAUGCCAAGAUAUCAUCCAAGGAAAACGGGAGUGUGAAGAAGGGUGUGAUUUUUGCCACAUACUCCUCUCUGAUUGGAGAAAGCCAGUCCACUGGAAAAUACAAGACACGUUUCAAACAGCUGCUUAAGUGGUGUGGAAAAGAAUUUGAUGGAGUGAUUGUAUUUGAUGAGUGCCAUAAAGCCAAGAAUCUAUGUCCUGUUGGAUCAAGCAAGCCCACAAAGACAGGCCAGACGGUCCUAGAACUACAGAACCGCCUUCCAAAUGCCAGGAUAGUGUACGCUAGUGCCACGGGUGCCUCCGAACCCAAGAACAUGGCGUACAUGACACGGCUGGGUUUAUGGGGACCGGGGACACCUUUUCCGGAGUUCAAUGAUUUCAUUCAAGCAGUAGAGAAAAGAGGAGUAGGUGCUAUGGAAUUGGUGGCGAUGGAUAUGAAGUUGAGAGGGAUGUAUAUUGCCAGACAGCUAAGUUUCAAAGGUGUCACAUUCAAAAUAGAGGAAAUUCCACCUGACAAAGAAUUUAUCAAGGUCUACAAUGACAGUGUGAAAAUGUGGGUGACGGCCAGGGAUCGCUUCUGUAAGGCUGCUGAGCUGAUGGAUGCUGAGCAGAGGAUGAAGAAAAGUAUGUGGGGACAGUUCUGGUCAGCUCAUCAGAGGUUCUUCAAAUAUCUAUGCAUCUCAGCUAAAGUCAAUCACUGUGUGGAGAUAGCUCGAGAGGCUGUCAAAAAUGGCAAGUGUGUGGUGAUAGGACUACAGUCCACAGGUGAAGCUAGGACCCUUGAGCAGUUGGAGGAACAGGGGGGAGAACUCAAUGACUUUGUGUCCACCGCUAAAGGUGUAUUUCAAACAUUAGUGGAAAAGCAUUUUCCAGCUCCAGACAGAAAGAAGACCUUUGAUAUAUUUGGACUGGGGGAUUAUGGUAAAAAGAAAGAACAGGAACGUGUGCAGCAGAAAAAUGAAAACAAUAAACGGAAAAAAGAGCAAAAGAGCAAUCACAAGUCCAAAAGACAAAAGAAAGGUGGAUCGGAUUCAGAUGACAGUGGCUCAGACAGUUCGGAUUCGGAUUCAGACAUUAGUGAUCUGGAGUUAAAUUUCCAGGAAGAUCGAGAGAGCAGUGACUCAGAUGUAGAUGAUUUCAAUCCGUUUGGAAAUGAUUCAGAUAGUGAUGAAGAUCCAUGGCUGAAGAAAAGCAACAAGAAAACUAAGAAGAAAGACACUAAUAAAAAGAAGAAAAAGAAAUCCAAGGGAGUGGAUGUGGAUGAAGAGUUUGAUAAAGCAUUAGCUGCAGCAGGUCUACUGAAGAAGAACAGUCUAGCCAAGGAAAAUGUCAACACUGCCAAUAACUCCAAUAUGAACAAAACAGAAAAUGGGGAAGAGCCUCUCUAUAGCAUGGAUGCAGUGGAACAGGCGGUUGCCAUGAAGAACGAGUUGUUGGACAUGUUAAAUGAAAUUGGAGAGAAUCUUCCACCCAACACCUUAGACCAUCUGAUUGACGAACUGGGAGGAACUGAGAGUGUUGCUGAGAUGACGGGCAGAAAAGGUCGUGUUGUCAACACUGACGAGGGCAUCACGUAUGAAUCUCGCAGCGAGAUUGAUGUGCCUCUGGAGAUUCUCAACCUCACAGAGAAACAAAGAUUCAUGGAUGGAGAAAAGAAUGUAGCUAUAAUCUCUGAAGCAGCAAGUUCAGGUAUAUCUCUCCAAGCUGACAGACGUGCAGUAAACCAGAAAAGACGAGUCCAUAUAACCCUGGAAUUACCCUGGAGUGCUGACCGAGCCAUCCAGCAAUUCGGACGUACACAUAGAUCAAAUCAGGUGAAUGCCCCAGAGUAUAUGUUCCUCAUAUCUGAGCUUGCUGGAGAACAAAGAUUUGCUUCUACCGUUUCCAAAAGACUAGAGAGUUUGGGAGCUCUAACACAUGGAGAUAGACGAGCCACUGAGUCCAGAGAUCUGAGUCGAUUUAACUUUGAUAACAAGUAUGGUAGAACAGCAUUGGAAGCUGUGAUGAAGUCUGUGUUAGGAUUUGAUGUUCCUCUUGUUCCUAUUCCCACUGCAUAUGAUGGAGACUUCUUGGCAGAUGUGAAGAAAGGUUUGUCAGGUGUUGGACUGAUCAGCCUUGAUGAUCGCAUUGGGGUCCCAUUACUAGAAAAAGAUUAUAACAACAUCAGUAAAUUCCUUAACAGAAUCCUUGGAAUGGAAGUCGCCCUUCAGAAUGCCUUGUUUAAAUACUUUUCUGAUACACUGACAGCCAUUAUACUGGAUGCAAAGAGAAGUGGAAGAUGGGACAUGGGAAUUCUGGAUCUGGGUUCAGGUGGAGAAAGUGUGAAAAGAAUAGAAACAAAAACCUUUGUAGGAAAUGCUGCAGCAAACACAGCGAAGACGGAACUCACAACUAUCUCUGUGGAAAGAGGAAUGUCCUUCUCACAAGCCAAUGACAUUUGGAGAAAAUACACUGGAAUAGAUGAUGGCUUUUACAUAUCCUCCAUGGAGAGAAAUGUGAAGAAAACAAUCAUUUUGGCUGUGUUCUUUGGGACCAACAAGAAGAGAGAGAAAUUGUACAAUGUCUAUAGGCCAAACACAGGCAGACAACUCCAUGCAGAACCUCUCUCCAAUAUCAAACGCAAAUACAAGAAGGUAUUGCCCGACUUAGCACAGCCUUGGUGGGAAGACCAAUAUAAUCUGUCGGCAAAAAUCUGCAGUCAUGCUUACUGGAAAGGAAGUUGUAAAAAGGCCAACUUGGGUCUCACAUGUGAGAUUGGCCUGAGAACUCGCACUUUUCACAUCUUAAGUGGAUCAGUCCUGAGUGUGUGGAGUAAGGUAGAAAGUGUUUUAGCCGCGAUGCCAGGUGGAUCGGCCUCCAAAAUGCAAAUCAUUCGUCUCAAAACAGAUUGUGGUCAAAGGAUAGUAGGCAAUUUGAUUCCAGGAAACUGUGUGCAAGCUUUGACUUCCAUUCUCUCUGAAGGUUGUGGCAAAAGUUUUACUGAGAAACACCCCCAGCCAGUUCAAGAUGAUGAGCAUUUGAGUAUGCCAUUGUUGUUCUAGAAGUUCUAAACAUUGGUGCUGAAGUCCUCAUUUAUGGGGCUGAUUAUGUGUUCUACUUUAAACUAUAUCUGGGAUCUGGUAGAUCUGCUUCAAAUUGUACUCAAAGAAAGGAAAUUAAAACACUAAUGACCAGUUCAAAGACUGAAUUAUGGAUAAUUUUCUGGUAAAGAUAUUUCCAAUAUGAAAAGGAGAAAGUUUUUGGUUAUUUUCUUUUGCCAAUGACUGCACAAGUUGUGUAUUAUGAAUAUUUUAUGAUUACGAUGUUUAUUUGGAUGUGCAUAUGGUUAAGAAAGUUAUCCAAUAGUAAAUCCCAAAAUUUUACAGGUACUGUAUCUCAAAUUAUUUGAUAAUUACAAGGCUCUUUGUAGACAUAUAAAGGAAGUACAUGUAUGUCAAGCAUGUAUUAUAUCAUCUAAUUGAAAUAAAAACCAAAGAGUUUUCAGGUGGUGAAGAAGUUCCGAGUUUGAGUUUCCAUGUGUACCAAACCCUGUGUCUUUCAAAUUGUUUUUUUGAAUCACUGUGUGUAAAGGUUUUCACAGUUUAAUCCAGAAAAACUAGUCUUUACAUGUAACAGUGUUUGGAUUUCAGAUGAUAAAUAAUUGAAAUAGUUCAUGUUGAAAGUUUUAUAAAUUUGGUUUUACUCUGAAUCAAUCAAUGAUGGAAACACUUUUGAAAAGUUGAAUUGUAUGAUGAAUUAAUGUUUAUUUAUUUAGGAAAUGUGUUUUUUUUUUUUUUUGUGAACAUUCAGAUAAUAGAAAUAGUUUAGGCUAUUUAGAUAUGUUUUGUAGAUUAUUUAAGUACUAGUAUUUCUUUUUCUGUUUCCAAAAGCAGACAGACGUAUUGACGAGUAUUAAAUGUCUUAACAUUCUUCUGUUUCAACAACUGAUUCCAUUCUACAACAUUCCAUUUUUGUAGACUGAUCAGGUGAUUUAUAUUUAUAUCUCAGUGCAAUUCUUACAGUUGACUUGCUCAGUAUGAAAACGUACCAAACUUUGGGUUAUAAACCUGGUUAGUAUCAUGUUUCAUCCAGUCUAGUCAUUGAUUUCUAUGCAUAUUGUAUACAACUGCAGCAUGCAAUGUGCAUGAACUAAGAAAAAUGUAUAUUAGACAUGAUAUAAGGAUGCACAAUUUAAAAAUAGUGACAAUGAGUGUCGUAUCGGGGAAUAUUGUAAAAAUGUUGCUAUCAAAAUGUAGACUCUUCUCUCAUUGUAUAUAUUAUGUGGAUGCAGGUGUUGGAUUUUGUGGAACAAUUUCUUUUUCUCUUUGUCCAUUUAUAUUUAUCUGAUUUUUAUUGUGCAAUUGUGUUUGUGUGAUUGUUAAGUUAAAUUUGUUACUGAGUGUAAAAGUUUGUAAUUUAUAUGUGAUAAAAACAACUCAUGCUUGUGAAAGGUUUCAUAUGUAUUGGUGUUAAAGUAGAGUAAUUUCAUGUCCUGGUUUUGUAAUUUUUAUCGUAAAAAAAUAAUUUUAAUUCUCACAAAAUAUUACGAUUGUUAUUUCUUUUGGUUAAUGAUUCACAAGUUUAUAUGUGAAGUGCCUUAUUUGAAAUCGAAAGUGUUGUGAUGUUGUGUAAUUAAUCUUGAAUAUUCUUUUGUUUUAUGAAGUCGAGUCUCAAACAUUGAUGUAAAAUUUAAGGUACAUGUAGAUUUUGAAGUUGUGAAUGCAUUUAAAUGAAUUCAUUAUCUUGCAUUAUUAAAACCUGCCAUGUUUUCUGCUCCAUCAAGUUUAUGUUUUGACAUGAGAGUUAAGCAGACUGUGAUCCCCACUUUGUAAAGUUUGAGAGAGUGUGUGUUUGUUACAUCUGAGAAAAAAAUAUCUUGCUGUUAAUAAUAAAUUUUUUGAAAUAUU